CGACGGCGAGAACGGCAAGAACGGCGGACUGUCGUGCGAUGGACCUCAUCUCCAGCGUGAGGGGUUGAUGGACUUUGCACAAGAGAGCAAACGGAGCAUUCAAAUAGAGUGUGGCCUUUCUCUGUUUCUCCCUCCCUCUCUCGGCAUUAUCCAAAGCAAUCCACUACAUCUGCACCGCACAUCCGUGCAACAACGCAAGAGCAAUGGAGUCAGCUGUCAAUACUGCCCCCGAUGGUGGCUUUGCGCUUAUUCGCCGAAACCCGUAUCUCCUAGGGGUUGCUUCCUUCUCAACCCUGGGUGGCCUGCUCUUCGGCUACGAUCAGGGCGUAGUAUCGGGUGUGAUCACGAUGGAAUCAUUCGGUGCGCGAUUUCCUCGGGUCUACUCGGAUACUGGAUUCAAGGGGUGGUUUGUCUCGACUCUUCUCCUAGCUGCGUGGUUUGGGUCUCUGAUCAAUGGACCGAUUGCGGACCGAUUGGGCCGGAAGGUGUCGAUCAAUGUGGCCGUCGUGAUUUUCGUCAUAGGGUCUGCGAUUCAGUGUGGUGCUGUUAACAUUCCCAUGCUAUUUGUCGGCCGGGCGAUAGCAGGAUUAGCUGUCGGUCAAUUGACCAUGGUCGUACCACUGUACAUAUCCGAGGUCUCUAUUCCCGGCAUUCGAGGCGGGUUGGUGGUAUUGCAACAGCUAUCCGUCACAAUCGGCAUCCUCGUGAGCUACUGGAUCGACUACGGCACUAACUACAUCGGAGGAACUCGAUGCGCCCCAGAUAUCCCUUACAGCGGUCAAAUCAAAGCUUCAAACGCAUUCGACCCCUACCACGAUGUUCCCCCCGGCGGCUGCGAUGGUCAAUCCGAAGCAUCCUGGAGACUCCCUCUCGCCAUCCAGAUCCUCCCAGCCAUUAUCCUCGGUGUGGGAAUGAUCUUCUUCCCCGACUCGCCUCGCUGGCUACUGAUGAACGAGCGGGAUGAGGAUGCUCUCGAGGCGCUCUCUAAGCUGCGGAGACUGGUCAAGGACAGUCCGACUCUCGUCGGCGAGUACCUCGAGAUCAAGGCUUCCAUCAUGCUGGAGAAUACGUUUGCGAGGGAGCGAUUUCCCGAUAAGUCCGGUGCCAGGUUGGAUAUUGCUCAGUACAUGUCCUUUCUAACUACAUGGGCCCGCUUUAGGCGACUGGCCAUCGGAUGCUGUGUUAUGUUCUUCCAGCAGUUCAUGGGCUGUAAUGCAAUAAUAUACUACGCGCCCACAAUCUUCGGUCAACUAGGCCUCGACGGGAACACUUCCUCUCUCCUCGCCACCGGCGUCUACGGAAUCGUCAACUGCCUCAGCACCCUCCCCGCCCUGUUCCUAAUCGACAAAGUAGGCCGUCGCGCCCUCCUCAUGUCCGGCGCCGCAGGCACCUGCGUCUCGCUUGUGGUCGUGGGCGCCAUCAUCGGUGCUUACGGGUCUGAUUUGGUGAAUCAUAAAUCGGCGGGGUGGGCAGGGAUUGCGUUUAUUUACAUUUAUGAUGUGAAUUUUUCGUAUUCGUUUGCACCCAUCGGAUGGGUUCUUCCAUCAGAGAUAUUCAAUCUUUCGAUUCGAUCGAAGGCGAUCUCGAUCACCACGUCGGCUACUUGGAUGUGCAAUUUCAUCAUCGGCCUGAUAACCCCGGACAUGCUCGACUCGAUCACCUGGGGCACGUAUAUUUUCUUUGCGGCAUUUUGUGUCCUCGCGUUGGGGUUCACGUUCUUCUGUAUUCCGGAGACUCGAGGAAAGACCCUGGAAGACAUGGACCUCAUCUUCGGGGACACCGCGGCCCAUGAGGAAAAGCUGCGCAUUGUGCAAAUCGAGGCUGAGCUGCGCGGUACCCAAGCUCAGACUCAUGAUAUAGAUACCCUAGCGAAGCCGUUCGUGCAGGAAGACGAGCACGCUCUUUGAGCCGCCGUGAAGAAUAACACUUCGGGAAGGUAAAUGUCUUCGAAGACGAUCCCAAGACAGACCGGACCGGACUAGACCAGACCAAACCAGACAAGACUAGUAUAGUAUCCGAUGGAGGAUAGAAUAGACCGAAGGGAAAAUGUAUAUAUAUU